AGGAACAAUUUUUCCAGAGGGAAAAUAAACAUUUCUCGACCGCAGAAAAAUAAAUAAAUUUAAAAAAUAUAUAUAUAUAUAAAAAGACGAAGUGAUUGAGUCGAUUUUUGCCGUGUGAGUUUUUUUUUUUACUUCUUCGUGUGAAUGCGAGUGAAAUGUUGGUCGACAUCACCGACAACAACGUCGUUUGUGUUGCUGUGUUUGUCAAUCGCUGAUCCCGCGUCGUCGUCCGAGUCAUGCCUCACGGACUGGGAUUUUUGCGGACCGCCAUUUCCCCGGCGGCGGCGACGACGGAAAGAGCCGCCAUUCUUGGCCACCGGGACGCCGCCAAGCAUGACUAUGGCGGCGAAGCUCACGACUCGUCAAUAUCUGCUGCAUCCGCCUUGAGUUCUUCGAGCAGUGGACAACGAUCUUUGCCACAAGAGCUGGAUCCUGGUGUGCAAAUUGAACUCACUGCUGCUGUGGCUGGAGUCGUCCCUGAUGAUUCCUUCACUGUGGAACAAGCUGUGAAUGCACUGGGAUUUGGCAAGUUCCAGAUCAGGUUGUCUUUCAUCACAGGGCUGUGCUGGAUGGCAGACUCAAUGGAGAUGAUGAUCCUGAGCAUCCUGGCACCUGCUCUACACUGUGAAUGGGGUCUUUCACAGUGGAGACAAGCCUUCAUGACUACUAUGGUCUUUAUGGGGAUGAUGAUCAGUGCACCUUUCUGGGGCAACUUCAGUGACAAGUAUGGAAGGAAGAUGGGUCUGCUGAUAGCUGCCUGGUUGCUGUUUUAUUAUGGAAUCCUCAGUUCCACAGCACCAACUUACAUCUGGUUGAUCCUUUUAAGGUCUCUAGUGGGUUUUGCUAUUGGAUGCAUCCCGCAGUCUGUGACAUUGUAUGCAGAGUUUUUGCCGCAAGCGCAAAGAGCCAGAUGUGUGAUCUUGCUGGAUUGUUUCUGGGCCUUGGGAGCAUGUCUGGAAGUGCUGUUGGCAAUCUAUGUCAUGCCAGUUUGGGGCUGGAGGUCCUUCUUGGCAAUAUCCUCUUUUCCUGUGUUCAUCUACUGUUUAAUCUGCUUUUGGAUGCCAGAGAGUGCCAGGUUCCAUGCAGCAAGUGGUCAGUCUGACAAGGCCCUGAGCACCCUGAAGAAGAUAGCUGACCAAAAUGGGAAAUCCAUGCUUCUUGGCAGACUGAUUGUGGAUGAUGGCCAUGGAUAUUCUUCUUGGAGAAGAGGCAGGUUCUCUGAUCUUCUCAUGCCAGACCUGAAGUGGACCUCUUUUCUUUUGUGGUUCAUCUGGUUUACUUGUGCAUUUUGCUACUAUGGUGUGGUGCUGAUGACAACAGAGCUGUUCCAAGUGCCCUCUGAGCAAUUGUGUGGUGCUAUAGAUAAGAUGGAGUCUGAGUCAUGCUCUGUUCAGUGCAAGUCACUCAAUCACUCUGAUUACAUUGAUUUGCUGUGGACAACCUUGGCUGAGUUCCCUGGGAUAUUUUUCACCAUAAUGAUCAUUGAAAAGGUUGGGAGGAAGCAGACUAUGGCCAUUGAGCUGGUGGUGUUUGCAUUCACUCUUUCCAUGUUGUUUGUGUGUUAUCCAGGGAGGACAUUCUUGACUGCUUUGCUGUUCACUGCCAGAGGUGCUGUGUCAGGUGUUUUUCAAGCAGCUUAUGUUUACACCCCUGAGGUGUAUCCAACAUCCCUGAGAGCUGUUGGAGUGGGGACUUGCAGUGGUGCUGCGCGUUUUGGAGCCAUGGUGACCCCAUUUGUGGCUCAGGUGCUGUUGAGAACCUCACUUGCUCUUGCCACAGGAACAUAUGCUGUGUUGGCCCUUCUUGCUGCUGUGGCCUGCAUCUUAUUGCCCAUUGAAACUCAUGGGAGAAAGCUUGAUGGUUGAUCUGUGUUUCAUUGUUGUGUGGACAAUUCACUGUGGGAAUCUCUGCACCAAGUCUCAUCCAACAAGAGUUUUGGCAACUAGAUUUUGUUUUUUUUUCUAUUGUCCAAGAGGUUGUAGUGUAUUGCCAAAGUUGUUUUGAUUUUGUGUGGUUUAGUUGAACAAGUUGAGGUUUUGCUCAAAACUCUGGUUCUGCAUGAUUUUUUGGUUUAAAGUUCAGGACAUGAAUAGAUUUUAAUCUUCCAUACAAGAGGACAAGAAAAGAGGGAUUUAAUUUCUGAGGUUUCCGUCAUCAGCACAGUCACCAACCAGGUUGUGCACCAUUUCCCUGUAAGCCAAGGAGCUUUUGAGUGCAGCACAGAUGUCACUGUCACACUUCUUCACUUGAGAGUGCAUCUCAAAAACAUCACCAGCAGUGUCUUGCAGUGUGUGAAUGUGUUCAGUUUCUGUCACCCUGGUGGAGCAGGUCUUGGUUUGGCAAGAACAGUUCAUGGACACAGUGCCUGGCAAGCAGCAGGUCUUCUUGAAAGCAGCUGCUGGACUGGGUUUGGUGGUGGUGGUGUAGCAGCGCAGAGUCUGGUACAGUCCAGAUGCAAAGUCCACAAGGUCCACUGAAGGGAUGUCUUUCAUCAAGUUGUGCAGACCAAGUGGUGGCCAAGAGACCUGGGGUUUGUGUGGCAAAAUUGUCCUUGGUGUGGGAUUUUGUCCCUGGUGAUGAUGAUGAUGAUUCUGUUUCUUCUUGAUUGUGUGGAUCAUGUUUGACUUAUUAUUAUUGCGUGGGACAUGGACAAAUUUUCCUAGAAGCACUGCAGAAGCCUGU